CCCGAAAACUUCGCCAUGAUCUCCCCCGGCCUUUACCGCUCCUCUCUCCCUAAACCCCCGUCCUUCCCCUACCUCAAGAAACUGGGAUUGAAAACGAUCAUCCGGUUGAAUCAGGAAGAGUACCCGGAGGAGAAUGUUGCGUUUUGUGCGCGGAAUGGGAUCAGGACGUAUCAUUUCGGUGUACCAGGGAACAAGGAGCCGUUUGUGAAGGUGCCGGAGGAGGAAAUCACGCGUGCGUUGGCGGUGAUACUGGAUCUUGCGAACCACCCGAUACUCAUACACUGCCGAAGCGGGAGACAUCGAACAGGGUGUUUGGUGGGGUGCGUGAGGCGGAUACAAAAUUGGGCCUUGACGGUCAUAUUUGACGAAUACCGCUCGUUCGCGAACCCGAAGAGUAGGAGUUUGGAUCAGCAGUUUAUUGAGUUGUAUGAUUUGGGACGCGUGUGGAGG